UUUCCUUUUGAAACUAGUUUCCGUUCCCCUCACCUACUGACGGAGAAAAUACCUGCACAAUUUCUCAUGCACGCACGCAUUCCUUCGCACAACUCUCGGCCAGCCCGGCCAGUCCAUGGAUAUCAUAAGCGCCACUGCAGCCGAGCAGAGAAGAACAGGGGAAGGCAGAAGAGAGAGAAGACGAGAGAGAGAGGGGGGGUUCUUUGGUUUUGUCUGGAGGGAGAGUUAUCCAGGAUAUCAUACACGGAUACCUCAUCCCUACCUCGCUCUCUCCUGACACAACCCGAUUCGUCGUAUCCGAAUUAAUUCACAAGGUCCCCAAUAUAAACAGGCCCCGGAGGUUGCACGGCUUAGGAAGAGGACCUCUCCUUCUCCCCGUUUCCCCUGUUCCUCUUUUGCCCUUAACUCUCUCCACUGGUUAGGAAGAGGACCUCUUCUUUUGUUUGCUACUGGGAGCGUUUGAACCCCUGCGCUGGUACUGUUCUUGCUCUUUCUUCUUCGACUGGAUUUCGAUGGAGAGCUAUGGACACCAUUUCGACAACAGCGAAUCCCAGCUCCCUCCGGGUUUCCGGUUCCACCCCACCGACGAGGAGCUCAUUACUUACUACCUUCUGAAGAAGGUCCUGGACAGCAGCUUCACCGGUCGAGCGAUCGCUGAGAUCGACCUCAACAAGUGUGAGCCCUGGGAGCUUCCAGAGAAGGCUAAGAUGGGGGAGAAGGAGUGGUACUUCUUUAGCCUUCGGGACCGGAAGUACCCGACGGGGCUUAGAACUAAUAGGGCUACUGAUGCUGGAUAUUGGAAGGCAACUGGCAAGGAUAGAGAGAUCUACAGCUCAAGGACUCAUUAUCUGGUGGGGAUGAAGAAGACUCUGGUGUUUUACAAGGGAAGGGCUCCCAAGGGGCAGAAGAGUAACUGGGUAAUGCAUGAGUACAGGUUGGAAGGCAAGUUUGCCUAUCACUUCCUCUCUAGAUCCUCCAAGUUCGUGCACGUAGGACGAGUGGGUGAUCUCAAGGGUCUUCCAGAAGAGCGGCGGCAGCAAGAAGGGCCGGGUCGGUCUUACCGGAACCCACUUCUUCGACUCCGCCGGCGGAUCUACAUCCGCCGCCUCCCUCCCGCCGCUCCUCGACUCCUCGCCGUACGGCGCCACCGCCGCCGCCGCCGCAGCCGCCGCGGGCGACAGGGAGAGCUGCUCCUACGAGAGCAGCGAGAGGGAGCCCGUGCCCUGCUUCUCCACCGUCGCUACCGCCACCACCGGCCUCACCCACCACCACCUUCCGGCCCUACCCGCGCUGACCGCCUACGGCCGGAUUCCCGCCGGCGGUGGUGCAGGGUCGGUUUUCCCCAGCCUCCGCUCCCUCCAGGAGAGCCUCCAUCUACCGUUCUUUCUCUCCACGCUGGCGCCGUCGGUGGGCGGCUCUGCGGCGGCGAUGGGCUGGGACGCGCCCGUGCACCACCGCGGGGGGGAGGAGAUGGGUGGGAACGGCUGGCCGUCGGAUCUGGAUCGGAAGGCGGAGGUGGCUGGGAGGACGCAUCCGAUGGCGGUGGGCUCCACCGAGCUGGACUGCCUGUGGACUUUCUGAAACCUGUGUUCGAGCCUCGAAGGCUGCAGGUUGUGUUUGUUGUCUUUUAUCGAAAUGGCCGAGAUGGCCCUAAGCUUUUGUUGUGAUGAUUUUCAAGUUUUAGUAGCUGCGGUCAUGAAAUGUGAUUCUCUUUUGUUAUACGGUCGUUCGAGCUUUGAUGAGCCAGGGAUGAAUGGUUUAACAAGCACAUGUGCGUAUUUGACACGUACUGAGAUAAUAGGGUGGGACCCGCGUCGCACGGCUGGUGGCAGUGGUUUGUCUUGUCAGGCACGCCUCGGACGGGAAGAGGACGCAGGGUUGCGAUCUAUCCAAUCAGGGGCAAUCUCAGAGCGGGUGCUGUUGGACGACGACUGGGGCACUCAACCGCGUUACAGUGCCGGACUUCAUGCCUACUGUUUCUGUUUGUUUCUUCCUUUGUUUUAGUUUUAGUUUUAGUUUUGGAUUUCCCUGCACGUCCGCCCCUGGAACUGCGGGCCCAUCCUCGUGAGCUAUGCUCGGGGAAGAACGGGACAAAGUUCAGCAGACGAUAUCAUGCGAUCGAAUUCGUAAAAUGGAUGCAGCUAGAAUUAUCAUUUCCGUA